CAGCCCUAGUUUCUAUUUACUGUUGCGGCUUUUUAUAAACAACGUGGAGCUUUUCCCAUUAAAACUACUAAAUAAUUAAUGAAGGCAACAAACACGUGCCACGUUCUUUUGGCGUCACAGCCGGCAAAAUUGUUACUGGAGCGAGAGCGGUAUAGAUAGAGUUGAAAUAAGCCAAAGUCAGAGAAUUUAUUAACUGUUUAAGGAACUCACUAUAAUCGAACACAACAGACAACUAUCAACCAGAGAGAUGAGUCUGCAGUCCAUCAAAUACUCACGGGGCAGCCUGGAGAUCCUCGAUCAGCUGCUGCUGCCCGUCCAGUCCAAGUACGUGGCCGUGCGCGGUGUGGAGGACGGCUGGAAGGUCAUUAACAAGAUGCAGGUACGUGGUGCUCCCGCCAUUGCCAUUGUGGGCUGCCUUUCCCUGGCCGUUGAAAUCCAUCCCGAGGAGUUUGGCAGCAAGAAAUCGCUGCGCCAAGAGGUCGAAGGCAAGCUGAACUACCUGGUCUCGGCCCGACCCACGGCUGUUAACAUGAAAAUCGCUGCCGAUGAACUGCUUGUCCUGGCCAAUGACCUAACCAAGGAUGAGACCAUCGACGUGGGCGAAAUGAAGCAAAGAUUCCUGAGUGCCACCGAAGCGAUGCUAAAGAAAGACAUUGCGGAUAACCGGGCCAUUGGAGCGCAUGGCGCCAAGGCGAUUCUACAGCGGGUUGCAGAGACAUCUGGUGCUCCAGCGGGUGCAGGAGUUCGAGUACUAACCCAUUGCAACACGGGCUCCCUGGCUACUGCUGGAUAUGGCACAGCACUCGGCGUAGUGCGUCAGUUGGCGGAGCUGGGAAAGUUGGAGCACGUUUACUGCACAGAGACUCGUCCUUAUAACCAGGGUGCACGCCUGACAGCCUAUGAGUUGGUCCACGAGAAGUUCCCCGCCACCCUGGUGCUGGAUAGCAUGGUGGCUGCUCUCCUGAGGGCUAAGAAUGUGGCUGCAGUUGUUGUGGGAGCGGAUAGGGUGGCUGCUAAUGGCGACACGGCCAACAAGAUUGGCACCUACCAGAUCGCCGUGGUUGCCAAGCAUCACGAUGUGCCCUUCUAUGUGGCCGCCCCGCUGACCUCCAUCGAUUUGGCCAUACCCGGCGGCGACCACAUCAUCAUCGAGGAGCGGCCCGAUCGAGAGAUGACGCACGUGGGUGAGCAUCGCAUCGCUGCGCCGGGCAUCAACUGCUGGAACCCCGCCUUCGAUGUGACACCCGCCGCCCUGAUCACCGGCAUCAUCACAGAGCGGGGCGUGUUCAAGCCCGCGGAACUGAAAGAGGCGAUCAACAAGCUCCUCGACUCAUAACAGGCGCACAGAGAUUGUUGUUUACGAAUGCACUCCAUACCCCCGAAAAAAACCGAAACAGAAGCAGAACCCAAAACAAAAAAAAAA